UGUAGACUUCUACUCCUUUUAGACUUCUUUUUAAGUCUGCAGUUUUCCCGUUUAGUUUUUCUAUAAAGAUUUCUUCCCUCAUUUUUUAGCAAUAAAGGAAAAAAGAUCAAAAUCAAUAUCAAGAAAACGCUGUCGAAUUACGUAUCAAUUCUUUUCCUUUUAGGGUUUAAUUUAAUAUCUUUCUGUUGACCAUUUGAUUUUCAUCGACGUGUUUGAUUUCUUUUUCCUUCGAAUCAUGUGGAAGGGUUGCUACUAUUUUAUUUUAAAGAAAUAUUAAUUACCAGUUAAAGAGUUCACUGCAAUGCAUCGAGUGGGCAGUGCAGCGAACAAUGGCAAUUCUAACCACCUGCGUAAGGAAAAGCGACUGACCUAUGUAUUGAGCGAUGCCAAUGACAGAAAGCAGCAUUGUGCUGGCUUAAAUUGUUUAGCUGUCCUACAGUCGUCUGCCUCUGAUGGAUGUAACUAUCUCUUCACUGGAAGCCGUGAUGGCACACUUAAGAGAUGGGCACUGGGUAAAGAUGCUGCCACUUGCUCUGCCACAUUUGAGUCACAUGUUGAUUGGGUAAACGAUACUGUAAUAGCUGGUGGCAAUACACUUGUUUCCUGCUCUUCAGACACCACACUGAAGACAUGGAACUGCUUGUCUGAUGGAACUUGUACCAGGACUCUCCGCCAACACUCUGACUAUGUUACAUGUUUAGCUGCAGCUGAAAAAAAUAACAAUUGGGUUGCUUCUGGUGGUCUUGGUGGGGAGGUUUUCAUAUGGGAUAUUGAAGCUGCGGUUACUCCACUUUCAAAGUCAAGUGAUGUAAUGGAAGAUGAUUGUUCCAUUGGUAUCAAUGGUUCUGCUAAUCCAUUAACAAUAUCAAGUUUGCGAACAGUUAGCUCGAAUAACAGCAUUAAUGCAAGCACAAUGCAGUGUCAUGGAUAUGUCCCCAUCACUGCCAAAGGCCACAAAGAGUCGGUCUAUGCAUUGGCAAUGAAUGAUAAUGGAACCCUUCUUGUGUCUGGUGGAACUGAGAAGGUUUUGCGAGUUUGGGAUCCAAGAACUGGUUCAAAGACUAUGAAGCUAAGAGGGCAUAUAGAUAACACCAGGGCUCUCCUUCUGGAUUCUACUGGCAGAUAUUGUUUAUCUGGGUCCUCUGAUUCUAUGAUCAGGCUAUGGGAUCUUGGUCAGCAACGUUGCGUGCACUCUUAUGCGGUGCAUACAGAUUCUGUUUGGGCACUUGCAAGCACCCCAACAUUUGGUCAUGUUUACAGUGGUGGUAGAGAUCUUUCUUUAUAUUUGACAGACUUGACAACAAGAGAAAGUAUAUUGCUUUGCAAAAAGGAACACCCAAUUUUGCAGUUGGCAUUGAAUGAUGAUAGUAUAUGGGUUGCAACAACAGAUUCUUCAGUUCAUAGAUGGCCUGCUGAAGGACAAAAUCCUCAGAAGGUCUUUCAAAGAGGUGGUUCAUUCUUGGCUGGAAACUUGUCUUUCUCGAGGGCAAGAGUUUGUUUAGAAGGGACAGCCCCAGCUCCUGUUUAUAAAGAGCCAAUCUUUACUAUUCCUGGAACUCCAGCAAUAGUUCAGCAUGAAAUUUUAAAUAACAGAAGGGAUGUGUUGACUAAGGAUACUGCUGGUUCAGUAAAGCUCUGGGAUAUAAUCAAGGGUAUUGUGAUCGAGGACUAUGGACAGGUCUCAUUUGAUGAGAAAAAGGAGCAGUUGUUUGAGAUGGUAAGCAUCCCUUCAUGGUUCACUCUGGAUGCCCGACUUGGAAGCUUGUCUGUUCAUUUGGACACACCCCAAUGUUUUUCUGCAGAGAUGUAUUCUGCUGAUCUGAAUAUAACUGGCAAGUCUGAGGAUGAUAAGGUUAAUCUAGGCCGGGAAACCCUUAAAGGUCUGUUGGCUCAUUGGAUGACCAAAAGAAGGCAAAGACUUGGCUUGCAGACUCCAGCUAAUGGAAAUGUUUUAUCAAGAAAAGAUACUACUCCAAGAAGUCUUGCUCAUUCAAGAAUUGAGGUGGAUGGAAAUGCUCUUAAUGACUUCACAGUCUAUCCUCCUUUUGAGUUGUCUACAGUUUCCCCUCCUUCAAUUAUCACUGAAGGUUCUCAAGGAGGUCCUUGGAGAAAGAAAAUUACUGAAUUGGAUGGUAUUGAGGAUGAGAAGGACUUCCCAUGGUGGGUUUUGGACUGUGUAUUGAAUAAUCAGCUCCCAUCACGAGAGAACACCAAGUGCAGCUUCUACCUUCAUCCAUGUGAAGGUUCAGCUGUUCAGAUCCUCACACAGGGGAAGUUGAGUGCACCGCGUAUAUUGAGAACACAAAAGGUUAUUAAUUAUGUCAAAGAAAAGAUGGUGCUUGACAAACCAAUUGAUAAUUUAAAUACCGUCGGAACAUUUGCUCCUGGAAUUGGAGGACAAUUGCAGCAUUCGGCAGUUGGAGAUGGAUCUUUUCGGUCUGGAUUGAAGCCACGGCAAAAGCUUCGGCCUUCUGUUGAGAUUUUAUGCAAUAAUCAGGUAUUAUCUCCUGAUAUGAGCUUAGCUACUGUACGGGCUUACAUAUGGAAGAAACCCGAGGAUUUGGUACUUAAUUAUAGAGUUAUUCAAGGCAGGUGAUUUGUUGAUUCUGAGAGUCAGCUGCGACUUAUACAUGUUAGUUAAGUGACCUAUAUUACUCUUUACAGAAUAACAUACAUUGAUGUAUAUUCUUCAGGGAACACUAUUUGUCAUAUGAUAAAAGCAGGAAACUUGUAUCACUUUGUUUUAUGUUUUAUUUCAUUUUGGUUUUGGAAAGAAAAAGGGGGAGGGUAAUUCGAUUUUUUGAGAGGAAGCCUGCUGAUAAUUCAAUUCUUCCCUGUUAAUUCUGUCAAUUUAAAAUGGAAUCAUUGUAUCUUCAUUUUGAUCCGUGGAUUAACAUCAUAUAGUUUCUCUUUGAGAAUAUUUGCCCAUUGGA